AUGACGGCUCCCGUGGGCAAAGUAGAGGCUCAGCGCGACGGUUCGACCUCGUCUAUCGGAUCGUCGCCCGAGCCUGGCCUGGCCGAGCCAUAUCCCCAGGAAGAGCCCCAGCAGCAGAAGCGCAAAGGCGGCCUUGCUACCGCAUCUAUGAUAGAACUAACAAGGCCUCGUAAGAUUUAUGCCACCUCGGAAGAGCGCAAGCAGCGGAACAGGCAGGCCCAGGCCGCCUUCCGCGAGCGAAGAACAGAGUACAUCAAGCAAUUGGAGAGCACCAUUAAGCAUCAUGAGGACACUCUCCAGAACCUGCAAAAUAGUCACCGCAACGCCGCCGACGAGUGCCUUAUGCUCCGGUAUAAGAAUUCUCUGCUCGAGAGGAUUCUGCUAGAGAAAGGCAUCGACGUCCAGGCUGAGCUGCGCGCAAAGACUGGCAGUCCAAAUCUUGGAGCCACCAGACCUCCACUCUCUGCGCAUGCCUCGCCCAAUCAGGCUCCUCUCCAGCAACGUGCCAUGUUGAAUAGACAGCAACAGAGGCGCUCGCUGCAAGGCCCGCCCAAGCUUGACGCCUCCAACGGCUUACCCAUGAUCCAACCUGAUGGUCCUAUUCAGCGAUCUCCCUUGACCCAGCCUACCCCAGGCUCUCAUCUUUCAUCUCCUGCUCAAUCAGCCACUCGCUCGCCCAAUUUCAUACCCCAUGGUCAAUCAGUAUCCCCCAAUUUUGGACCUAUGCAUUCACAACAGCAACAGCAACAACAACAGCAGCAGCAGCCACAGCAAUCACUUCGACCACAGCCACCUAGAUCAAACUUCACCCCUAUGAUGGGAGCUCAACGACCUUCGCUAGUAACAAAUCAGCCUUCCUCGAAUGGCCUGUCAAAUGCUUCGACUGUCGGUAACAGCGGAAACGGUGUAACACCGAACAACGGUCCUUCCUCAUUCUACCAAACGCAGUUCACGGACCACAUGAGUCAACUGGGCAAGCUAACCCAGCAGGAGUACGAGGAACAAGCAGACUCCUACGACCACGACGAUCCGAGCGAUCACUCUGCCGGUCCCGGCCCAUUUCCACAACAAAACUUCCCCCCUUCAAACAAUAUGCCACCGCCAAUGCCGCCCUCCCAGAACCCUCCCUUCACCAGCCCGGCCGCAUUAGCACCAAACGACGGCGGCCAAGUCUUCAAUGGCAUGAGCAACAACCACCUCUUCGACCCUUACGAUCCAAUGCUCGACGCCGAUCCAUUCGGACUAUCCGCCAGCAUGCACUUCCCCACCAUGUACGAGAGCAGAUGAUGCUACGAGAAUGAUACGAUAGUAAGAGAAGAUUAUUCUGGAUGUCCACCAGGGACCGUGUAAAAACUCACCUAUUCAUACCUUCUUGACGACGUUGUUUAGCGGGCGCAACAACUGCCUUUUACCCAACCGACCAUGUGUCAUUUACCGUACGACAGCGUUCGAUACGAAAGACCAGUCGCCUUGGGAUAGUUAUAUUUAAAAGUUUUCAUUCAAUCUGUGGCUGGACGCGACAGUUGUAUUUGUGAUGGGAAGUUUUUUUUUAGGCUCCGACCACGAGAAUUGGGCGUGCUUUGAAAAGUAACCCAGUCUUCUACUGUGGCACCGCAGCCUCUCGAUUAGAGAUUCAGUGUUGCUUUGUACAUAUUGUAAUGCAAAGUCGGUCGGAACAGCCAUUUUUGCGCCUCA